UCCGUGACCCUCUCUCCUCUGCCUCUGUCCAGGUCCCUCUGUCGGAGGCUCCUCAGCCCGAUGCAGAAGACGGCGGAGCCUCAAAAGGAGCGGCGAGAGGCGGCGUCCACCCAGUGCGGGGCGGGCAAGGGGUCAGGCGGCUGGUGGGGCGGCUGCCUGUCGGACAGCGGCCGGGGUCUGGUGGUGGCCCUAUUCGGAGGCGGGGUGCCAGCCGGCUUCGUGGGGCCGUUCGCCCGCAUCGCCCACCAGGCGUCGCGGGUGCCCUCGCUGGAGAUCCUACUCUUCCGCUGCCUUCUUCACGUAGGGCUGGCCUUCGCCAUGAAGUGCCGGGGGCUGCCGCUGUUCGGGCCCCGACCCGCCUGGAGACCCAUCUUCGCGCACGCCGUGGUCAACGUGUUGUCGGUCGGCUGCGCCUACAGCUCGUUCAUGGUGAUCCCGGCCGGGAGCGCCACCACCGUGCGUAAAGGCUCCUCGACUCUCUGCUCCGCGCUGAUGAGCGCAGCCCUCGGCACGCAGCGUCUCGGCCGCUGGGACUGGCUGGGCCUGCUGGGCAGCACGGCCGGCCUCUCGCUCAUCGUGGCUCCCGACCUGGCGGGGCUGCGGCGGGGCAAGCUCCUCGCUGACCUGCUGGGCUAUGUGCUGGCCAUGCUCGGGGGGCUGGCGCUCUCGGUGGCCCUGCUCCUGUUCCGCGCCCUCUCGCACCCGGCCAAACUGCUGACGGCCGCCUUCACCUUCGGCGUUGUGGGCAGCUUGCUGUGCGCGCCACUGGUUCCCCUGCUCCAGGAGCCCGUGGUCACCACCGACCCGCUCACCUGGUGCUCCGUGGUCGGCCUCACCCUCCUGGCCCUGGUCUCCUUCUUCUGCGCCAAUUAUGCAGUCACCAAGGUGCACCCGGCUCUGGUCUGCGCCCUACUCCAUUCCGAGGUCAUCGUCACCAUGACCGUUCAGUAUUUCGUGCUCAGCGAACCGGUCAGCGCCUAUGAUGUCGGCGGUGCCGGCGUUAUCAUCGGCAGCAUUGCCGUGCUGACCGCUCACAACAUCGGACAGGACAGCAAGGAAGGCUCAGCAAAGCAAGAGCAUUAA